AUGAAGAGGCAGAAAAAUCAUUACCGGCAAGCGAGAACCCCAGAUCCUAGAAACCAAGGAGGGAGUCCUCGUGCUCGUGGCAAUGGUGACUUUCCGAAACUAAACUUAACGCCUUGUAAGUUCUGGAAACUAGGAAAAUGUGACUGGGGGUGGUCAUGUCGUUUCCUUCAUGGAGAUUCGGUUGAAGAUGAUCCAAGACGUCCAGAAUAUACCGGUCCUCCCAUUGAUUUUACAAAAUUUCCUCGUCCGGUAGUUUCAUCACCACAUUACAACGCACAAUCACCAUUACAUGCAGAAGAUCAGUCCAGAGUUAAACCAUUCAGAAAUCCCGUUGUAGACAUUAUUAUGUCAAAUCCUUCAUUUAGUUCUCAAUUACUCAGAAUUAGAGAUACACUCAACAGCAACAACAUAGACACACUAAUAUCAGAAGAUUUAUACAUGACAAUAGACCAGGCGAAGCUCAGAUUCGAAGAUCAAUUAAGUGACUACAUUUUAUACAUUGAUCAAGCUGGAAUGACCAUAAUUCCUGAUUCAACUGAGUGUAACCUCCAAAAUAUGUCUCAGUUCAUUAAUAACUCAUGGAUGACAAAAUGCAACAAUUAUUCUUUAGAAGAUUUAGAGUUAUUAACCAACCAAGAGCUUGAGCAAGUCAUACUGAAGAUUGCACCAGAUAAUGUUGAGAAUAUUGAAGAAACAGUUGUUAAUUUACAAAAUACAACUUCAGAUUGCAUAACUUCAACAUUAACAUCCACUUGUGCAGUCAACUCUAAAGAUUUAAUGGAGACAAAGAGGAAACUACAAGAAUUCUUUGCUAAAUUAAAUCUUAUCAACACAAUCAUCGCUGAUAUGCCUGUUUAUAUGAAUUCUGAACCACAAAAAGGCAGAUCAGUUCAAGUCAGACCUCUUCCUCCUGGAGGUUUGUCAUCAUCGACACAAAAAGUGUUGUUAUACAUAAUGGGAAGAUCUCUUUCUCAAAUUCAUGUUUGCAUCUACAAGAUCAACCAACUUAUUGGCUGUACAACACCUGCAAAGAUGAAUUACGAUGCUCCUGAUCUUAAAUCAGGUGUGUUACACCAAACACCUCUUAGUGCUCCUCUCUGCGCUUCUAUUUGUGGCGAAGAAGUUGCUCCAAGAGUUGAGUUUGGAAGGAGAUUGGAACCUGAAGUAACCGUUGACAUUCCAACACAAUACACAAUUUCAUUUAGAAAUGGCUUCAGUAACGAUUAUUCACCUUUUGAUUACAGAAUUUAA